ACGUUUCAGGAAGGUUACUACCAGUUACAUCAGAGUGAUUUUCUGGUGCGCAAGAAAGGUUGUUUAACUUACAUCGAUAAAACAACACACGUCACAUUAGCUAAAAGAGAGCCUCUUUGAAUUAGUUUUGCCAUAAUGUUGGUGACAAGGCUAGUGUGUUUGCAUAGUCUGCCAGCCUUUGGGCUGCGCUCUGCAUUGACCCAGGCAUCCCCAGCUUUAAGAAAUUCUGGCCUGAAGAGCAGUCUGCCACUACUGCAGCUGAACCAGGGAUAUGCCACCAAAGCUCGAUUUGGUUUCAGGCAUAGUAAAACAGCUAAAGAAGGAAUCAAAGAGGCAGCUUUUAAGCCAGCGAUGGAAACUGCAAUUAAAUUUGAUAACAUGGGAAGAGUGGUCCUUGCUGGAGGAGCUGUAGUUGGUCUUGGGGCUUUAUGUUACUAUGGAUUGGGGAUGUCAAAUGAAAUUGGUGCCAUUGAAAAAGCUGUGAUCUGGCCUCAGUAUGUGAAAGACAGAAUCCACUCUACAUACAUGUACUUUGCAGGAAGUGUAGGGAUGACAGCAUUGUCUGCUGUAGCAGUCAGCAGAUCGCCGAUGCUUAUGAACCUGAUGAUGAGGGGCUCUUGGCUGGCUAUAGGUGCAACAUUUGCUGCCAUGAUAGGGGCAGGAAUGGUAGUCAGGUCAAUAUCCUAUGACCAGAGCCCAGGUCCCAAACACCUUGCCUGGAUGUUGUAUGCAGGUGUAAUGGGUGCCGUGGUGGCUCCAGUGACUCUUCUAGGGGGUCCUCUGCUGAUCCGUGCUGCCUGGUACACCGCUGGUAUUGUGGGAGGUCUUUCUACUGUGGCAAUGUGUGCCCCUAGUGAGAAGUUCCUAAACAUGGGCGGUCCAUUGGCUGUGGGCUUAGGGCUGGUUUUUGCUUCAUCAAUUGGGUCAAUGUUUCUGCCUCCUACUUCAGCUUUUGGAGCAGGUCUCUACUCUGUUGCUAUUUAUGGUGGUCUGAUUCUGUUUGGCAUGUUUCUGUUGUACGACACACAGAAAGUAAUCAAACGUGCCGAAUCUUAUCCUGUCUAUGGAGUACAGAAAUAUGAUCCUAUUAAUUCAUGCCUAGGAAUAUACACUGACACACUGAACAUCUUCAUCAGAGUGGUCACCAUUCUUGCAAAUGGAGGCGGCAGCAAACGGAAAUAAGACCAUGUUACUCUUUUUUUGUUUUGUUUUUUUGUUUUGUUGGGACUAAUUCAUGGAAAGUUGCUGUACUACAGUGAUCACAUUCAGUUGGAAGAUCGAUUAGCUUUGUAACUCUGUGUUAGAAAUACAGGGUAAUAAAAUAUGUUAACCUUCACUUGUGCUCUUUAAGUAUAGCUUCAUCUGUUGUUGACUGUUUUAUUUAAAAGCCAGUUUCUGAUUUAUGACUAGGGCGCAUGCUUUAAUGGGAAGUUUAAACUAAAACAACAGCUUUAGUACGACGAAACCUAUUGAUUCAGCCUGGUUAUUAGAUCUUGUAAUUAAACUAGAAUUAAUCAUUCUUGUUAAUUGUUAAAAGUUAUUAAACUAUAAACGCAUUAGUGUUACUUUCUUGCAGGAACUUUUGUGCGUUUUUCAUUGUAACACAGAAAGUGUGUACAAUAUGUUUUGUUUUGCAAAUCUUCAAAUGUUUAAGCAUGACAAUUGUGUCAGUGCAUCACUGUUACUCAUCCUAUUUAUUGGGGCAAGGUUUGAUUAUUGACCUAUGAAUCUUGUAUGCUUUUACGGAUAUGAAAAUUUUCUUUAGAAUUGAAGGGUUGUUUUCAGCAUUGUGGUGCAAUGUUCGUUAAAAUUCAGUUGCAAGGCAGAAAAAUAAAAUAAAAAUGACUUCAA